AUGUUUCCUAGCCCAAACUCUUCACAAAGAGCGCCGAGCGGGACAUCCACCCUCGGCGUCCCGUCCAGAAAUGCUGGCAGAAACAAAGUGGCGCUAGCCCCCGGCCAUUCACCAUUGGACUGGGCCUCGCUUACAUCGAAAACCCCACGGCACAAACUUCGUGGGGUCAGCCCCAACACCCCGCCUGCCCCAUACGUGCAAGUUCCUGCCAGCGAGCUCAAAACGCACAAGUCCCAAGACGACUGCUGGACAUGCAUAAACGGAAAAGUCUACAACAUUACUCCAUACAUUGAUUUCCACCCAGGAGGAGUAGAGGAAAUCAUGAAGUGUGCCGGGCGUGAUGGGACUGCUUUAUUUAACAAGUACCACAGCUGGGUCAACCCAGAACGUUUAUUGGAAAGCUGUAUGAUUGGAAUCUUGGUGCGUUGA